AUGAAGUUUCAUCCUUUAUCUUGGCAAACUGCUCAUCCUUAUGUUUUGGUAGAUCGUUUUGAAGAUGUCACUCCUCCUGAAAAUGUCCAUAUGAAUAACAAAUGUUUUAGAAAUGUCACACUCUAUGGUUAUCUGCGGGGUUGUAGCAUGAAGAAAGGAACAAAGAUUCAUAUUGCAGGUGUUGGUGAUUAUAAUGUUUCUGGUAUGACAGCCAUGACUGAUCCUUGUCCUUUACCCUCAGCUGCCAGAAAGAAGGGACUGAGAAACAAGGAAAAACUGUUUUAUGCACCCAUGUCUGGAAUUGGGAAUCUUCUGUAUGACAAAGAUGCGGUCUAUAUUAACAUAAAUGACCACUUUGUCCAGCACUCACAUGUUGAUGAUAAGGCGGAAGCAACAGACAUGGUUGCAAUUUAUAUUUAUUUACUUAUAAAUAUAUCACCGAGUGUUGCUCAAAGCACAAAAUAUUCGGUUGAUGAAAAGCUAGGGCAGGGUUCCAUUAAUCUUUUUAACCGGAAGCCUAACUUAUCGUUGGAAACUCAACGUGAUGGGAAGGAUACUAGUGAAUCUAGAGAACAGAUUUGCAUGAUAGAGAACUCAGAGGAUUGUCAGUCUGGAGAAGCUACCAAAGCUGAUGCUGCUGAUAUAUAUGUGCUGACCGAUAGUGAAUAUAGUGGAUCUGAUAGAGAAAAUUGUGAUGCAUCAUAUCAUGAUGCUACUCAUAAAGAUCAGUUGAAGAAAUAUGUUGACUUUCAUAAUGGAAGAUCAAGGAGAAAAGUCAUCUUUGGAAAUGGCUUUGAUGAUAAUGAUAUGAAGGACUCAAAUGAUGAGGCUGAAGUUGAGGAUGGGGAUGAAGACGACGACAACGACAACGAUGAUGUAGAUAAUUGUGCAUAUAGUGGUUCAGAGUCUUCAGGUGAAGAUGAUGGCAGGUUCAUGGAACAGAUGGUACAGUUAUUCACGAAUUUACAAGUUUGUUAUGACAUGGGAAACAUUGCAAAGUGGAAAGAGUCUUUGGCAGACAGGACUUUCUUGAAACAAACCACUAACCUUAUCCAACUUGUAUAUGGGAAAUCUACAUCAAUGUCAACUUCUGUCAAUGAAGAAAAUGAUAGUAGCGCCGAUGAGGAAAAAACAGAGAGUAUUCGCAAAAAUGAGGAGGACUGUUCCAAGUAUUAUUCAAAUUUCAAUGACUGGAAAAGGAAAGAAUGUGAAGAGAGUAUUCGCAAUCGUUUUGUCACUGGUGAUUGGUUGAAAGCUGCUCAAAGAAAUGAAACCACUGAGGAUAAUGAAGAUGAAGAUGUUGUCUAUGGUGACUUCGAAGAUUUAGAAACUGGUGAGAAGCAUACUAGGAAUACAAGCAAGGAAAAUGAUUUGACCAAAGAGGAGCGGAGGCUAAAAAAGCUUGUUCUUCAUGUAAAGUUUAAUGGUCAGUAUCCUGCACCUGAAAGAUCUAUUUCUGAGUCAUAUGCGAAGGAAUUUGUUAAUAAUUAUGGAGGCAAUUGUGGCCGAGUUCAAUCCGAAGGAAGUGAUUAUUUUGUUGAGACUAGGUUAAAACGGCAUAGAUGGCACAAGAAAGUUCUGAAGACUAGUGAUCCUAUCGUUGUUUCUAUUGGGUGGAGACGAUACCGAACAAUGCCAGUUUAUGCCAUUGAAGAUCGCAAUGGAAGGCAUCGCAGGCUUAAGUACACUCCAGAACAUAUGCACUGUCUUGCCAUGUUUUUGGGCCCUCUUGCCCCUCCCAAUAGUGUCAGUGGUGUGGUUGCUUUCCAGAAUUUAUCAAACAAUCAGGCAGCAUUUAGGAUCGCAGCAACUGCUGUUGUGCUCGAGUUCAACCACGCAUCAAAGAUAGAGAAGAAAGUCAAAAUGGUUGGUUAUCCCCGCCAGAUAUUCAACAAGACAGCACUAAUAGGAGACAUGUUCACGUCCAAUCUUGAAAUAGCUCGCUUUGAAGGUGGUGCUAUACGAACUCAGUGGUAUCCGGGGGCAGGUGAAGAAGAAAUUGGUAUCCAACAGAAAAAGAUGGGAGGAAAACCAGAAGAAGUGCUUGCUAGGUGCACCUUUGAGGACAAAAUUACGGGGAAUGACAUUGUUUUCCUUACUGGUUGGACACCAGUAGAAGUUCCUCAGUUUUAUAAUCCCUUGACAACAGCCCUACAACCUCGCGAUCAGGUCUGGCAAGGGAUGAAAACCACAGCUGAGCUGAGGAGAGAACACAAUCUUCCUAUUCCUGUUAAUAAAGAUUCACUUUACAAGCCAAUUGAAAGGAAGCGGAGGAAGUUCAACCCAUUGGUGAUCUCUAAGUCAUUGCAAACAGCUCUCCCAUUUGUUUCAAAGUUUAAGAACACACCCAGGAGAAGAAGGCCACCUAUUGAAAAUAGAAGAGCUGUUGUCAUGGAGCCUCGUGAACGAAGAGUUCAUACUAGUGUUCAACAGCUUGGUUUGAUUAGUAGUGACAAGAGAAAGAAGCGCAGGGCUAAGGAUGACAAGAAAAGAAGAGAGAUUGAAGAACGCAAAGCUAAAACCGAGCAGUUGUUAAGAAAGCGCCAGAGAGAAGAACGCCGAGAGAGAUUCCAAGUGCAUGACAGACUGAGGAAGAAAAUUAGGAGAAAUGCAGAGGACUGA